CGGAAUCAUCUACUAAAUCAAGAAGAGCAAAAAAAAUUAAAAAUAUUGAAAGUUCUCAAGAUUUAACAGAUGCAUUAGCUGAAUUUGAUUUAGAAAAAGAAGAGAAGGAAUUAGGCCUUUAA